AUGGUCUCCAAACUGUCCAUCGUUGUUGGCAUCGCCGCCACGUUGCAGAGCGCUGUUGCACAGGAGCCCAUCAAAGGGCCUCUCGACAAUUAUCCGGCCGACAAUAUCGCGACCCUGGCCCCCUUUCCUGGAUACCAGGAUGACCACUGCGCGCCUGCAGGCCCCAACAUCCGUUGGAACGCUACUUACUUCCCCUGCCGCUACACCAUGGAAAUGGACCGCGACUGUGCCAAGCCGGUGGAUGCGAACGCCCCCUUGGCAGAUAAGCAGGCCAAGUGGGAGGAGCAGCGCAAGUGCCUGUGCGUCGAGCACCCCGACUACUUCGACGCUGCUGGUAGGGGCUGUGUUGGCUGCAAGAAGGCCUAUCAACUCGAGACCGAAGGAAACUACAACCAGUAUAUCGGUCGUUUCAAGGCGCUCAAGGGCGAGGCUUACUGCGAGGCCAAGGUCCUGACAGGUGACUAUGCCAAGCACUACGCCGACCUCGAUUCCCAGUACCCGGCAACUUACGAAAACAUGCCUACGCCGUUGCCCCCGAAAUCCAUCCCCGUUGAGGCGUACUGGGACCGUGACAAUAAGAACAAGGAGUUUGCGCGGCCCGAUGCCAAGGCCAAGGCCAGCACCACUGAAACGGGCGUCGCCAACCUGCCGCCCGUCAUCAUGAACAGAUUCGGCUACGUCGAGUCGUCGCCGGCCACCAACAGCUCCAAGUUUACCAAGACCAAGCAAACCGCCGUUGGUGCCGCCAUCAUCGUCAACAGGCAGAUCAUCGCCAAUGCCGAAGGGUGGAAAGUCGUCAACGAACCCCAGCAGCCAAUUGUUUACAGGUUCAACGACGACUUCCCUAUCACGGAGUUCCGCUCACCCGAGAUCCUCGUUGACUUUUCUCCCUGCUCCUGCGCCAAGUCCGUCGUUCCCGCGGGCAGCCAGCCGGUCAUUAACGAGAAGAGCAUCCAGGUCUUUACUGAAUUUGUCAAGACAGUCGGAUUCACCGUUUCUGAGCAGCCGCAGCAGCAGUGCCAGGGCUGCACAGUUUAUGUGGAGCUGAAGACGCAUUCCGACUCUGCCCUGAGCUCUGGCAGCACCACCCCCGUCACCGUUGAGAACAAGGCGCAAUUGACGGUCGAGGGGAACGCCCAAGUCAAGGACAUUUCUUGCUAG